AUGCUUGGUGGUAUGACCGGUGUUUCAACUGGCUCCUUGAUGACUCCACAAAGAACGUUACCAGCACCACAGGCUGCUAGUGUUGUUAUGGGUGGUGUGCCCAGUGUUCAGCUUGAAAUCGGCGGGUACCCUCGUCCUGACAUUGACCAGAUGAUUCCUUUCAAGCCAAAAGCGAACAGCGCCGCAUCAUUUCAUCCUGUUCCCGGUGGCGUUUUCCCUCCUCCGCCAGCUAUUGCGGAACUCAUCUCCAUGCUUCCCCCUCCAUGGACAUUCCAGGGACCUUUUGUUUCUGUAGAUAUGUUUAUCGAGCACAUCAGCAAAACACAAUUAACCGUAGGUCCAAUUAUCGACAAAAAAGUGAAGGUGGAGAAUGGAACCAUGGUCGGGCCUAUGAGAGUGGACGAUGUUCGGAAGGAGAUGUACCAAUUACUUGCUACAACUCCUGAUCCACGAUUUGUAAGCAUUAUUCUCUUUUUUUUUUCAAAAGAGCGAGUGAGGAUAUCAGAGAUGAAAGCUCUUGAAAGCUUCACAUUAAACGAGCACCAAAGUACGAGGCGCGGACCUCAUUGCAGUAAAGAGCUGAAAACGCUUUCGCACUGCUAUAAAGUGUUGAAAACUAAGAUCAGUGUUGUAGGAACCGUACCGUAG